AUGCUCGCUGCCGGACUGGUGAUUUUCUUCUUUAUUCAGGAGGAGAUUCUCGAGCGUGAGCACCCCACACCACACGAGUGGACGUAUAUGACGCGCAAAUAUCUACGCGACGCCAGACAAUUGGAGGACCCCAAAGACGGCAACAUCCGAUGGGCCAGUUCGCUAGGACGAGUGCGCAAUGCGUUGAUGCGCCUGAGUGACCCAAAGAAGGACGGCGCGGGCUUGGUCCCCCUCUCCGAUGUGACUGACCCCGAGCUCGAAGAUCCGAUCGAAUUCGUUCCGUACGACAUCACAGCCAAGUCGGAGGAGUGGCGCCGCGGCUACUUUGAGGCCUUGAUGACGGCGGCCAAGACGGCAGAGCAUGUGGACGGCUGGGUCCUCGACGUGACGCGCAACAUGGUCUCGCCGGCCAGGUUUGUCAUUGGGCCUUCGAACCCCAACCCGGUGCCGAUUCCCCCGGGAGCAGCCCACGCACCUCUGGAAGAGAACUGUGUCGGCGCAUUCCCCCUAGCCGACAGAUGGUACAUGAAGAUCCUGGCCACCAAAGGUUUCACCGAACGACAGCGCCUGGAGGCGGCUCUGGAGUAUGCGAGCUUCAUGGAAUACAAGGACCAGGCUGAAGCCGCGCGUAGCCUGCAGGAGCUUGCCCUUGGCGAGGCCACCAAGGGCACCGACGCUACCAGGCUCCCAUAUGACGGCAAGACAUUUACCGUAAGGGACAAUACCGACCCCCCAUCGCAAAACCUACUUGACGUUCUGGGAUCAAUUGCCAAUUCAAAAGCCCGCAGCGGCGACAUUUCCGGCGCGUUGCCCAUGUACAUUUCGCUGCUCAAAGCCCGUCGCGGACUCUCUGACGAGCGGCCGCAUGAGCCUCGUCGCAGCCGACCCAGCGACGUGUCAGUCUACCAGCGGGUACUCGACUUCGUCCAGCCCCCCGCCUACCCGCCGCCGCCGCCUGACGGGACGCGGCCGCCCUGGCGCAGCGCCGAGGAGCGGUGCCAGGAGGCCUCGCUGCAAAUCUACAUUGGCGAGAUCCUCUACGCCAGCGGGUCCCGGGACGACGGUAUCUCGUGGACGCGGGACGGCGUGGACCUGGCUGAGGAGCAGCUCCGCGCGCUCGGCGCUGGCACCAAGGGCACUAAAAAGCUCUGCCGCGAGUGCCUGGGCACUGGUCUCGACAACUGGCGUGCCAUGGUGUCACAGCUGGCCAAGGCCGAGCGGGCUAAGGAGGAGGGUGCCGCCGCGAGCAAGCCCAGCAUGUUUUCAUUUUGGGGCGGCGCAAAGGAGCCCGAUGGCAGGUGGGCGGCCGAGGAGGCCGUGGUGCAGGAGAGAGUCCGCCGCACGAAGGAUAUUAUGGAAGACGUGGCUCCCCCGAGAGACUUCAUUACCAACUGGUUCAAGGCCUGA